AUUAUUUGAGAACUUAUUCAACCUGCCGAGCAAGUUCCGGAACACACUUUUCAAUUGCUUUCUCACAGCUCGAAAGCAGGAACCUACGGACUGCUAAUAGACGAUAAGUUGAUGCACCCUUGUAUUUUAUAGCACCCUGUCGAGACGCACUUGACAUUAGUUUUCUUUAUCGCGAGUACUCUCGGGGUGUGCAGCGACUUAUCUUUGUGGACGUAUAGCCUCACAAUCGCUUCCGACGAUGAUACGUUCUCAAGCUGCUACCCAUGUAGCUCCCGAAUACUCCGUGCUGGGGGCGCAGUAUCUUUGCAUUGCAAACACACCGAAGAAAGAUACUUCCUAUCGCUUUUUGUAGAUCCUCGUGGCUGGGUUUGGAAUUUCUACCAUUCGUCGUUCAGUCAUGAAACCUUCAUUCAGCCACUCCGCCAGAAGACCUGUGAACAUGAGCGUGGACCUCAGCGCGUACGCGAGCGUCGAAUCAUAUCCGAGUCAGGAAGACCUCAACGCUUGGAGAAGGAUCCGCUUCACCAAGGCCUCGAGGAGACACGACCAACAUCUCGACGUCGGCUGUGGACUCGGUAACUUCACACGCAAACACCUGCUGCCUCACUCGCGUCCUUGCCGAAGGCUUGUGGCUGUGGACAGCUGUCGGCGCAUCAUCGAGUACGCUCGCGAGCGCUCGUCGCAUCUCGACCUCUUCUACGACGUGCUUGACAUCGAAAAGGAUGACGACGUGGCGCAGUUUAUAGACAAGUACGGAAAAUUUGAACGCGUCUAUUCGUUCAUGUGCUUCCACUUCGUGAAAGACCAGUCGGCUGCCUACAGGAACGUGGGCCGGCUGUUAGCCGAAGACGGCGAAUGCGUCGUGGUGUCAUGCGUGAGCACGGAACUAACAGACAUUUGGCUUCAGGUGCACGAGACUCAGAAGUGGAAGUCGUUUGUGCCGGACCCAAAAGACAUAUUUUCCAAACACUUUCGCUUCAACUGUGUGACGCCAGCCAGGCAAAUUGAAGAGGAGACAAUCAAGUUGGUCACAGAAUCUGGCUUGCAUUGCGUCAGAUGUGAGGUAUACGAAAACGAGUGGACCUUCCCAGACAUCGACGCUAUUAUUUAUUUCUUCUUCUCAAUAUUUGGAUCGGAAGAGCUGGUCCCAGACGCUGAGAAAGAUGCAUUCCGAAAUGUGUGGAGGACAAUUCUCGAGAAGAAGACGGAAGAGGCGCCUGAAGGGGGUCGUCAGCUGAAGUUUCUCAUUUCCGUCAGUCAUGCCUGCCAUCGACCGCAACCAAGCAGCGAUUCUUCUGAUGUCGCCUAAUCGGAAUUAAAAUAUGCUGUGGCAUACUUUCACCACUUUCCUACGCAACUAACAAUGUGCUACAGUGGAUCUCGGGCACGUUAUCAGUCAUACACCGAGCCAUGAAAGUCUGAGGCUUAAGUGCCGGGAUGUGUCAGAAUUGCUAGCAGAAUACAUUGGUGAAUACUAAACUACUAAAUAUUUCACAAAAAUAAACAUAGUAAUAUGAUAUCUAAUGUCUUUAUAUCAACCAUAGCCUGAAUUUGGUGUUUUUUGUUGUUAGCGGGUGUGUUGUGGCGAUGGUAACAAUUUACCAUUCUCUAUAUUUUCUCAAAACUUCCGUCAGCAAGGAAUUAUGUAGCUGUGCACGCGAUCAUGCUCCUAUUUCUGCUAAUCGUGUUUCAGUAGCAACUCUCUUGUUGACAUGGCUGUCAAUAGAUUCUCAACAAAUUUUAGGGUCAAGUUCUUCGACCACUAUGAUUAGACUUUGGUUGCUACUUUCAGAGCAUCGUCACGCUAAUCUGCAGCAAGUGUAGAUAUAGUCUCUAUCCAAGGGAAAUGAUGCUUGCCGCGCCGACAUCAAGUGGGUUUUCUCUUUUAGAGGCAUUUAAUGGAGCCAGACUAAGUCCACUGGUUUGAUUCCAGCAUAGGUGUGUCAUAAUUUUGC